CACGUAGUCCACGUACAUCGGUAUGUGCGUAUGUGUGUAAGUGGGUACGUGAGGGUAGACGAGUGGGUGAGUACGUUCGCCUGCGUGCGUGAAGCUUCCGGAGACGGCCGUGGAUGGACCAGUUUAGCAUAAAAACAGCAGCCUCCGCUGAGCACUUCGAUCAAUGUCAUCGCUACGACAAGAGCCACUAGAACUACUAGAACUACAAACACUACAACCAUAACUGCGAGUAUUGGUAGUAGUGCGACUGCUGCUACUACUUCUACUACUGGUCCUAGUGCUAGGAGUUGGCCCGUUGGUUGGAACGGCGGUUUGUGCCCUCUAGUGGAACCUCAUCAACCAAUGGGUCCCACGCCACUCGAGCCUUGUCGCUCUCUCGCCCUCCGAGCACGAUCGGGAGUCGGGACUCUCUAUUCAGUCUCUGGGCAUAUCGCCAUGCUCCGACGUUUGGCACUUCUGGCCCGUUCUCUUUUCUUGAGGAACCACUACUGAGAACCAUAGAAAUACUCGAGUACCAACCACUACGACGAGAACAACCAACCAACCAACCUACCUACCUACUGACAACAGUGCAGUGGUUUUUCUUUUCUGCCUUCUUCUUGUCAUUGACGACGAGAAGAGAGACCAGACUGCAUGAGCGAAUGAAUGAACCAACACAGCAUCAGGAAGGCAAAACAAGGCAAGGCUCCAGGUUCUUCGAGAAAACACAGUUAUUGCACAAGUAGUGACCACAACCACCUGAACCGAACUCGAAGUGCCUCCCUGUCUUGUUCUCGUGCCCCUUGCUCUUGCUCCUCCUCCUGCUCCUCCUCCUUCCCCUCCUCCUCCUCCUUGUGCGUUUACAAGAAGAAUGAAAUCUAAACUCGCCAUGAUCGAAUGAGUGACUCGCCCCACGGCUGAGGGGUUUGAUUUGCAUCCGCUCUCAUGUGUCUCAUGUCUCUAGUGUGUCGGUGAAACCAUGGAGCUCAUGCUAAUCGAGCACUUCCAUAACGGAAGUAGCCUCAGUGUUCAGCAACACUACCACCAGCACCAGCAACAAAAACAACAACAACGACAACACAAUCAUCAUCAUCAUCUUCACCAUUAUUAUUACUACCGUCAUCAUUGCUAACUCAUUGGCAAGAUUCCGGAGAUUCGAGUGGCUCAUGCUGCAGUUGUGUUGGAUUCGUCUGAGGAAGAAGAUGUCGGACAUGACGACAUCCUCCUCAUCCUCUUCGUCAUCCUCCUCAUCUUCAUUAUCGUCAUCUUCGUUGUCAUAGGUGGAGGGAGCUCGUCAGAUUUGUGUUCGCUUGCUUGCUACUCCCAAUGUGGUGGCCAAUUGAUCUUGAGCAGUGUCCUAAUUAAUGGCGUGCUUGUUGGGAGAUUGCCUUUUCUGAAGGUGUCCUAGCUGUUGUUGCUGUUGUUGUCCUAGUCGUCGUCGUCGUCAUCGUCAUCGUUGUUGGUGGAGGUGAUGCCCAGUAGAGUGGGUCGUGCUGGACCUGAGAAGAUCAAGCAAAAAUGCCUCGUGGAGGUUGUGAGGUCAGAACUCAUCCUCAAUAUUACCGUCAUCCGAAGCCUUGGAAUGUAGGAUUCCAAGUUUGGGGCAUCUUCCUCAUUAAAUGCCUGUUAACUGCCAUGGCCUAUGACCAUAAAUAUGUCUCCAAAUUACUAGCCAAUCAAUCUUUAAUCGACAAUGGGGUCUCCAUGCAAAAUACGACACUGGUCAAUCUUCGCCACAAUGCCACUUUGAUGGAAGAGUUUUCCGUGCGUUGUAUCAUCAAUGUCGAGAAUUGGACAGCGUGGAAACUCAAGGAUGCCUUGUCCCACAAUCAUUGCGGUUACAUUCAUGAAGACUUCCAGGCGACUAAUGUGGAUCCAGGCUUUCGAGAAAUCAUGGUCGGGCAUAAACAGUCUGGAACGGCGACCGGAAGUUGUGGAACAGUGAGUUGGCAAAUCGAACGUCUUGAUACUCGAUUGAUUGUCAUGUGGAGCGUGCCUUUCAAUUUCAAUCUCCACGACGCCUAUUUUGCCGUGGGAAUGAUUUUUAACCGAGGACGAUUCACAUCAUCUUCGUAUUGGUUCAAUCAAAUGUAUUACUCCGAAAAGGGGCCAUACAAGAGGGGGCAGUCGGGCCAAACUAUUACCUUCGAAAACUCUGCAAUCCUGGUCCAUGGGUACAUGGAGCCCUCCACUUACCAUCCGCUCUUGAACAUAUCAGUUGUCCCUCAAGUUAGGUAUAAAUUAGCACCAACCGUUUGGCAGCGCUUAUACAGUGCCAAGAGAUCAAGUCUUUUCAUCUCGAGUAACCAUUACCGGUUAGCUUCCGCAAAGUACCUUAUCGUCUACUCUGCCAUUCUUUGCAUUUCAAUAUCGUGAACGUGGAAAAUGGCAGAACCUAGACGGACUUCCCGAGUCGCUUUGGACUCAUUGCUCAAGUAAUUUCACUCCUCACAUAGGGUGUGCUCGUAUCAUCGUCAUCAUCGAGGUGAAGAAAAUGCGCCAAAUUGCUCUUUCUGGUCAGAAAUGAAGACAAAAAAGUAAUCGAUUUUUGAAACCACCACAGCGAUAAACGUUGACAAAUAUUUCGCUUUGCCCCGAAACUUUUCUAGAUAGUUGAAGAUAGUAGCAAAAUACAUUGUGGGGCUUGAAUCCUAAGCUCUUAUCAUGCAACCAACCAAAGUUGGCUCAAGAAGAUCUUCCAGCCAUUUUGAGCCUACCCCCUACCAGCCUUAAUCUGCGAAAAAAACAACAUAUUUAAUUGUCAAUGUUUAGGCUAAUCAUGCGCAUCCAUUGCCGCCUAAUCGAGAUGAUUCGACUAACUUCCUUUACUACUCAAGUCACCCUGGACCUGACUGAUUUGUUGAACAACAACAAAUUUGUUUGCCUUAUGACUCAAUUGCUGCAGUAAAACAACGCACCCACAUUCCACAAACUGCCACGAUGCGUAUUGUAGUUCAUGAUUACUCGGUCAAUCUAAAGAUGCUAUCGAGUUGACGCAGUACCUCAAUCCGACCUGUCGAGUGCCACGAUCCUAAAAUCAGCAACUUCUUUCUCCCUCGGACUCUCUCCGAACGAAAAGUUCUCCUAGUUAUCCCUCUUUCAAACCUCAAAUGAGGCCCUCCCCCUUCCCUAGCCAACUGACACACAUGCCACACCAAAGAGACUACUACUUCUACGACUACCACUACCCCUUCGCAAUUUAGUUGUUCUGGACAAUGACAAUGCAGACACCAUCACGAAACACAACACAAACAGCGACAAGAAAUUUAAAACCUUAUUGGACUUCAUCCAAUGCCAGUACAAAACAAUUGUAGGUAGUAACGACAAGUGUCACAAUAUCUGUAACUUUUUUCAAGACCCGUGAGACCCGUCGUGAAGGGUAACGAACUUGAUAGACGGCUCCAAUUUCGACCACCUUCAACCCCCAUCUUGUGAUUAUUGACUUUAGAACCCCAACCCAUCCCGUCAUCCCUAUCAAGUGUUUCAUACAUACAUAAACUUCAAAUUUUCUUUCAUUACCAAAGACUAUCACCCUCCUUCUUCGAGCUUUCAUAGAUCCCAGAUUUAAUAUUUAAAAAUAACGAUAUUGAUUUCUAUUCCCCAAACAAACUGUCCCUCUAUUAGGGUAAAGUUCAGUGCGUAGUAAUCACCCCAAAUGGCAUAGUAAACUGAAACUGAAACCAAAUAUUCUAUUCCUAUUCCAAUAUCACAAUCAUCAUGUAUUUCAGCUUUUUAUGUGAUAUCAAUUCAAAUAUUGGUGAUCAACUUUAACAUUUCUGACUCCACAAUCUUUCCAGUAGAAAAAAUGUGGUCUCCUUUGCCAUCCGAAGAUAGCCCAUAACUGUCUUUGAAAGUGUCUAGGACGGUUGCGUUUUUCCUUCUCCUCCUUCUCCUCCUCCUCCUCCUCCUCAUUGCUAGUAUUAUUCUUAAUAUCAGUACUUGGUAAUACUAACCGUAAGACUUUUGCCACUAACUCUAGUGUACGGCAAGAAUAACAUCAACAUCAUCAUCCACCUCUACUACUUCUGCUACUGCUACUAUUGCUACUACUAGAACUAUUAGUACUACAGUCACCUCUCCUUCUCUAUUACUUCUUCUAUAACUAUUGCUCCUAUGAUCAUAACCAUGAUUCUACUAUAACCAAUUCCUAUCAUCAACUACCCGAAUAAUUGUCCUCCUGACAGUCCAUGCAGUGACAGCAAUAAAUCCAAUUUAUACGAAAUGCCGAAUUCAUUUUCUUUGUAAAGGAAUAAUUGUGAAUGGUUAGGUUUCGACGCAAGAGCAUUUUAGUCGUUUGAAUAAUUUGAACGAGCGUUUGAACCAUCGCGAACCAUGGGGAAAAUAAAUCCAGUUUUCUUUGAAAAGGCCUGGUCCAAGCUCAUCCUGAUAUCUCAAGCUAGCUAUUUUCUCAUUAUAGAAUACUGUCUCUUUGUCCUUCGUUGCUAAAGGUUCCAUCUUUGAAAAAGCCCCGUUCAAAAAUCGUCCUAAAGGUAAAGAGGGGAGGGGGGAAUAUAUUCAUCAACAAGAUUAUCAAACAUCAUCAAGAUGAAGAUUUUUACUGUGAUUUUCAUUAGAUUGACCUCACGUCAUUUGGUAUUUUUUGCUUUGACCUGGCUUUUUAUCAAAUGUAACUGAUCCACUUCGUUAACAAUUAUUGCUCAGCCUUUUCUGAUCACUUCCCUUACCACCUUAAUUCCUUAUUUUUGCCAAAGUGUCAGCCCUCUUCUGAGGUCAACGACAUAAGCUGAAAGCUUCCGUUCAUAGGAGGGAUCGCCUAACUUCAUACAUCAAUUCUUUUGCAUUAUGAUAAGAACCCUACGUGUUUUUAGUGAAUAUUACUUCUCGCUCAGUGGCGUUUACCCAUUCUAAAAUGCCUAAUGAUUUUUUUACAAGUGUGUACUGUAGUUAGAGGCAAGCAUCACCAAACGAAGGCAUUGUUGUGCAUCAAUUGUCUCGGGAAGUUGGUGUGGUGAUUGAAACAAGUUUUCCAAAUUGUCGUUUUCUAACGAUUAGCAGAUCGAGCAGGACUGUAGAAGUGUCGGGAAUGAAGAGAAAAUCUGCACCAAGCAUGAAGCUCCCAUUUGGACUGAGGGAGUUUGUUGAAUUGCCCACUACCUAUAACUACAGCUCUCGGAUAUAAUAGCCUGGCAUAGGUUCUUUCGAUCGUUCUUUCGUUCGUUCGUUCGUUGGUUCGUUCAGUAGAGCACCAUGCGAUUUUCAAGUCCCUGGCCAUCCUCAUCCUCAUGAUCCUCUCGAUCCUCUCGAUCCUCUCAAUCCGUUGGAGGAGCGGCUCACAGCUGACAACCUGAAUCGCCUCCUCCCCCUGACUCCCUGACGGCCUGACUCACUCACUGACCGACUUACCUGUCUCGUCGUUGUGGUCGCCGCACCUCCAACCGAAUCCAAGCUCCUACCAAUACUACAAUCCUACUGCAACUCCACAAGCACCUCUUUUUCUCAAGUAGUUCACUAAGAUUGCAUUCAAGACCAUAAAAGUCCCAUUGAAGGGUGUGCCUUGACACCAUGAAGAAGCUAUUACUUACAACAUUUAACGUGUAUGUCUUUCUUCAAAGCCAAAUAAUCCAAGACGUGGUGGCGGCCUCGUCCAUGUGUAGUGAAUCAGACACCAAAGAGGCCGAGAGAGCCUUCAAGAAUUGCGUGGAAUCUUCUCAAUCCAGUUUGGUGACCGCCUCAAACCGAGGCGAUCUGGAUCAAAAUGGCUUGUGCGCAGAGCUAGACAGAAUGUUCUCGUUGUGCCAGGACCAAAAACAUCAGUUGGCGUUGUGCAAAGGGCGGGAACAUGCCGAGAAGAUUCAAAAUAUUCAUGUGAGUGUCACUGCAGACAUCAUUAGAUCCAUCAAUCGGAACAUAGCACUGGAUGAGUGCCAUCUUGAAACCCUCACACUCGAAAACGGGCAUCCGAGGGAUGACCAAACAGUGGAUGGCCACAACAACAACAACAACGAUGAUGAUCACCAUGAGGACCGGAGUGGUGAUGGUACUGCAGCAUUGCCCCCAAAGGCUGAACCCUGGCCUUCUGAAUCUAAACCAAAGACCGCGUCGGAAACCAAUGGGGCAUCAUCUUCUUUUGGCACUUUGACAUUUCUGUCUCUGUUAAUGUCAGGGGCUUUUAUGUUCUGCAUUUAAGGAUCGUAUUCUCCGAGUAAUAGCAAUUGCUUUCAAUACCUUGCGCGCAAGUGAUGAAAUAGAAAUUAUGUCCGGUAGAUUUUUGUCAAACUUCUUCCCUUUCUUUGUUUUACUUUUAAACUGAGAUGUCUUACUCAUUUUCAUAAUUGUGGUUAGAUAAAAACAUGCCAUUAGCUCGUUAAUACAUAACAAUAAGACUUGAAAUGUUUAAAGGUACACAUAUCAUGAAUAGGUCUCAAAUUUCAUCCGAAUCUGACAGUUCUUUUUACAUUAUCACUGAAACCAUCUUGUGCGGCCACCUUUUUUGGGGGGACUUGUAAUGUCAACAGUAACGCAGACUGUCUUGAUUCUCUCAGCAGAUAUUGAGAACUGUGUGCCAGGCGGUUACAUACGCGUAUGUAGAAUAUAGUUCUUGUGGUUCACCAAUUUGUCUAAUUUCGACGCCCAUUGAUUACCAGUUCUAGGCCUGACCAGGCCUAAAAGUCAAGUACUUUUGGCCCUUUCCAACUCCCCCGAAAUCCACAGCCUCUCGACUUUUAGUCCCAGCUACCCCUGAAACAAGCGGCCAAUACCAGAGAGAGGGCAGCACACCUUGGAGGUCUGCACACCUAGGAGGCCUGCACACCUAGGAGGCUCGCACACCGUGGAGGCCUGCACACCUUGGGGGCCUUUCGGAGCAAGAUCCUGGAUGAUUAGUACACAUUUCUCAAUGAAUGGAAUGCUGAGCAGCUAAAGCAAACCUACGUUACUGUGGUUAUCCUUUGGCAAAAGAAAACAGAAUACUUGUUGAAAAAUGUUGAA